AUGUUACGUCUAAGUAUUUCGAUUGGAUUAUUUAUUUUGUAUGGAACUGUCUUCAUAGAGCAUGUAAUGUCUCAUGAUGGAUUACAACAUUAUGUUUCACCCGAGACUAAGCAUGCUUCACGAAUCCGAAGAUUUGGUUUUUUCCCACAACUAGAAGAGUUACGUCAAAAUUUUUGUCAUUCGUCUUGCAAAUCUGCAAAUACCAUGUCAUAUAUAUUUAAUCUUCUAUGUGCUGCGAAAUGUCCUGAAUUGUAUUUACCACAUCAUACAACAACGGAAAGUACAACAGCGGAAAGUAUAUCAACUACACCUACUCCAGAAAUUACAACAGGAAUUACUCCGCCUGCACAAGGGCCGAACUCAAUGCCCCAGUUACCACCAGAAAUGGGUGGAAUGUCUCAGAACGGAGCAGCUUCGAACACAAUGCCCUCAACCGAAUCGAGUACAGAUGGAACGUCUCAGAAUGGAGCAGCUUCGAACACAAUGCCUUCGUCCGAAUCGAGUACAGAUGGAAUGUCUCAGAAUGGAGCAACUUCGAACACAAUGCCCUCGUCCGAAUCGGAUACAAGUGAAACGUCUCAGAAUGGAGCAGCUUCGAACACAAUGCCCUCAUCCGAAUCGAGUGCAGGUGGAACAUCUUAGAA